CCCCUCUCGUCCGUCUUCUCUCUCCCCUUCUCUCACGUCCUCUAUCUUUCGCAAUAUGCUUCACAUAUAGCCCCUCCAAUACCCUCCUUUUUUUCCUACUUAAUUCCUCCCCCCCUCUUUUCCUUCCUUUGGAUUCUUCCUCAUCGGAUUGACCCUCCUUUAAAUGCUUGAAAAUAAUCAUCUCCGUCUUGCAUCUUUAUCGGUCUUUCCCGACUCAAGUCAUUCCUUACACCAAGCUGUAUUGUGACAACUUCAACCUUCAUCAACCUCCAGUUUUGUCACCCUCAUAAGAGAAUAACGGUGUUUAAGCUGUAUUACAUUGAUCACGGCCUUACGAUUAUAUACCUCGUUGGCUUUUCGACCAAUUUCUUUGAAUAAAGUCCCGAGUCGUGCAAAGAAGCUACCGACUUUCAGCUAUCCACCAUGAGAUGGGGCGCUCGCAUAGCACUAUGUGCUAGUUUAGCACUCAUAUUGCCCUUAUAUCUCUUGAAAAUCCACCUCGAGGACCUCUGCGAUCAGUAUCGCGCGGGCGCAUACCUGAUCAAUUGGCUGGAUUUGCGCCCGCCGAUGAACAGACUAAAUGGCUCCCGUCCUGUCACACCAGGGGAUAAAGUGAUUGUGAUGGCCAAGCUACAGGAAGAACACACUGAAUGGGUCGAGGAGGAGCUACCCGACUGGCAACGAGCCAUAUACAUCGUGAAUCCUUCCAAAAAGGUCGCAGCUGACGACACGACACUUACAACCCCGCUGAACAAGGGUCACGAGUCCAUGGCUUAUCUCACCUAUCUAAUUGAUCAUUACGACAACCUACCGUCUACAAUAGCUUUUCUUCAUUCUCAUCGAUCGGGUUUCCUGAUGGCCUGGCAUGUAGAUGCGCCCUUACACGACAAUGUCAUUGCGAUGAAAUCCUUACGUCUCAAUUUCGUUCAAGAUAAUGGCUACGUCAACCUCCGCUGCAACUGGAACCCAGGGUGCAAGCAGGGCCAUCGCACCAACCAGCACGUGACAGAAGAAGUCUUUGCAGAGAUCUUCGAGGGCACAAGCACCCCACCAUUAAACUCCACCGGAGGCCUCACGAUGCAAGAUGAAUACGACGAGGCUAAAUACCAGAAGUUCCUGCAAAUGCCGAAACAGAUUGGCGCGGCGUGUUGUGCGCAAUUCGCCGUGUCACGGGAGCAGGUCCACCAACGACCACGAGAAGACUACAUCAAGAUCCGCCAGUGGAUUAUCGACACGGACAAGAAUGAUGCCAGUAGCGGUCGUGUCAUGGAAUUCCUCUGGCACGUCAUAUUUGGCAAAGAAUCAAUAUACUGUCCCGACGAAGAAGUCUGCUACUGUCAAGUUUAUGGACAAUGUUGAUCAUUGUACGCAUACCAUUAACGUUUCUGCUUUUUACCAAAAAUACCCACGGCUUCUACUUGUAUAUAUUACGAUAGCUUCCUUCUUUCGGCGCUCUCUUGCUUGGUUCUCUCUUUCUAUCUUCUUUCGACAUAUUGUCCCAUUUGGAGAUUUAUUAUUUUUUUUUUACCCGUUCUUUUUUCAAAACCAAGUUCUUGUGGAUGUUACCAGCGACAAUACGUUUCUACAGGGAUAUUACAAACAGCGUGGCGUUGUUUACAGGGACUGCUCGGUUCAAGUUGACUCGAUUGACACACUCGUCCCCCCCAUUUUCUUUUUCGGCGAAGAAGCCUGACUCCUAUCGUUAACGGCGAAUCUGGUUGGAUAUUUUACAAUCGUUUCAAAUAUUAAUUCGAACUUGGAAAUACGCGCACCUGC